GACGCACAAGCCACCAGCCCCUGUAGUCACCUAGCAAAAAGGUCCUGGCCAUGGUACCUCUUCUGCAUCGUCAAGCAGAUCGAAUACCGAAUAUGCAUACCUACGAGGAAAGCAGGGAGCUCAUCGCUCGAAGCGCACUCCUCGGGGAGAUGCCAUACCGACCGCUCCCCGUCCCCGAACUCGUCCCCGAUCCAAGCCAUCACGCCAGCAAACUAUAAUCCCUUCUCACAUUGUCGAUAGGCUAGUGAAACUAGGCUGGUCACGAUAUGGAGAGGGCGGAGAGCGGCGAGCGGCGUACGGUUCUUUCGGCCGUGGCGGCCGCUUCUGCUACUGGCUUGAUGCUGGGAAAUCCGUCCCCGUCGCCCAAAAGAACGUCGACUAUGUCUGUCGCUUUCAAGGCAUGACGCGGCAGCAAGUGAGAGCUGCGGUCUACGAGAUCUUAGGUGUGGAGUUCAUGGAUACUGGUGAAACCGGUUCCUCGAGGCGUACAGCGGCGGAGAGGUGGCCCUGGAAGCGGUGCACGCUAGAGCGUGGAAUGGAACUGGAUUCACAAGGAACAUCGGUGAUUUCACCCACAUCACGUGGCCCUCUUGGAGGAGCUCCGGGCAAGCUGUGCGCAAGCGCAACCGGGGCGUGCGGAGCUCUCAGGCGUCGAAGACGAUGUCACCGACAAGCUCGCGAAGUAGGGAUCUAGAAGUGGCACUCCCUCCACGCCAUGGACGUCUGCCAGGGCACGUUCACUCCGAACGUAACCACUGGGCCGGAUAUAGCGUGACCAGCUGUACACAGUCUAUGAAGACUUCUAAACAUCGGCCAAUUCCACCCAAACCUGGCCAACCACGGCGUCACCAAGGACAUCCAGGAUGAGCGGGACAACAUUCCCGAGCCGUCCCAAGCCCUAGCGAGCUUAUAUAUCUUAGUUAUCGCCUCUUCGGGUCUCUCCCUGCUCUGCAUCGGGUGGCUCCUCCGACCUGCCUAUGGCAUAUCCCGGCGAUGUUCGCAGCCAUUGUUAUUAUUCAUCAGCAAUAUCAUCGUAGUAGUAAGCGGAAAGUCGGCGGACAAGAUUAACAAUCUCGGUCAGCACAUCAGGUUCUCGGCGUCUAGCAGCCAGAAGCUUGUAUAGUCAUAUAACAUAUAAUUCUCGCCGAUCUGAGUCUAUUUCGAUUAAAGAUGAAUCAUGAGAAUAGAUUUUAUUGGAGUUGGUUA